CCACAGUCCAGUGCAGGCAGCUGAGUAGAGCGGAGCAGUUUGUUCAUCUUCACCUCAGGAUCACAGGUAACCGAUAAACAUGUCUGACAGACCAAUAGUUGAGGAGGAACUCCCAGUCACACACACAGGCCCAAAAGGAGUCAUCAAUGACUGGAGGCGAUUCAAGCUGGAGAGCAUGGACCAGGACUCUCUGCCCCCACAGAAGAGAGAGUUGCUGCGUCAGAUGUCGUCCCCACAGAAGCCCAAAGAUGACCCCAGGGGAUGCCUCAACCGCAAGAUGAGCGUCCAGGAGUACGAGCUGUUGAAGGAGGAGGACGAGAACUGCCUGAAGAAGUAUCGCCGUCAGUGCAUGCAGGAGAUGCACGAACGCUUGAGCUUCGGCCCCAAGUUCGAGGGCGUGUACGAGCUGGAGAGCGGCGACGCCUUCCUGGAGGUCAUCGAGAAGGAGCACCGCCUGACCGUGGUGGUAGUCCACAUCUACAAGGCCGGGGUCAAAGGUUGCGAGGAGCUCAACAGCUGUCUGGACUGCCUGGCCGGCGAGUACCCCAGCGUCAAGUUCUGCAGGAUCGACGCGGUGUCCACGGGCGCCGGCGAGCGUUUCCACGACGACGUUCUGCCCACGCUGUUGGUGUACAAGGCCGGCGAGCUUCUGGGUAACUUCUUGGCGGCGACGCAGCACCUGAACGUAGAGUUCUUCGCCACAGACGUCGAGGCGUUCCUCAACGGGUACGGCCUGCUCCCCGAGAAAGAGGCGCCUGGAAUGGAGGCAGAGGAGCAGGCGGAUGUGGAAUGAGGCAAGAGGAGAGAGUGGUGAGGCGAAGGGGGGGAAAUAUUUUAUAUAUGUUAACAAAAUAAAAGGUGGAUUUGACGUUUAAAGACAAGAAUAAGUUGAAUUAUUCUUCUUGGUAUGAGUCUAGCAGCAACUGUACGCAGUCUCACCUGACUUCACUAGAGGUGCUCAAGCAUAGAAGGUGCAGAGUCUCCUUGAGAGAUCCUUUCACACCAACCUGGGAAUAAACGUGCACAGCCUACACUCAGAUGGC